AUGUUUUCCAUUGCUCCAGAUACUCUCUCUCUUGCUUUAGGAGUUUCAGAUAUGAAAUACAACUAGUAUAUUGAUAAUAGGUUAUUCACAAUAUAAGGUGUACAUAAGACUAAAUAGAACGUAUACAAUAGCACAACAUGUAAAUAUGAUCAAGUUUUUAGUGAAAAAGUGUUUAAUCUAGUUAAUUGUACAGAUGAUCAUGUUCCUGACCCUUAAUUAAGAGAGUUUUUUCUGAAGUCUCAACUCUAUAUGCAUUAAUGCAUUCCGAAAGAUUUGUUAGUUGAGAUUGAAGGAUAGUUCAACUCAGAUUCUUAUCAAGAACUAAAUUUCUAUUUUUAUAAAUGCACUGGAUAAUAUUGUAGAGAUGAAAAAGAAAUUAAUGCUUUGGUGAAUAACAACUACAUUGAACUUUUAUUCACAGAUGUCUAUUUUGUACCUGAAAACAAAGAUAAUCCUUUUGUAAAAUAUUCAAGAGAUUUAUACUGGGUUACUAGCUAAAAUCUCCCUAAAGAGGUAAACAUAUUUAUGAGAAACAAUUAUGUAGAAAGUGAUUUUGGAUGGGUUACAUCCGAUAUCAAAACAUAAAUUUAUCCAUCGUACAGCUAUAGUGAUAAUCAAAUAGUUGAUACUUCUAAUGGAUUUUUCUUUCAUUUAGUUAUAAGAUUUGAAAAAGAAAAAGAAAACCUAUACAAAAGAUCUUAUGACAAUUUAUUUACAAUUAUGUCUUAAAUUGGUGGUUUUUCUCAAAUUUUACUUACAAUUUUUUCUUUUGUUUGUUUGAGAUACUCCUAAAUUCACUUAGCCAGAUCUUUAAUUAAUAAAUCUUUUGAAUUUUAAGAUGUAAGUAAUAAAACUGAUUAGGGUAUUUUGAUUUCUAAUUCGACUUAGUGUUAAAAUAAUAUAGAAAUAAUUCAAAAUUAAUCUUAAAAUAAAUAAAUGUAAACAUUAUUCUGUCCCCCUUCAUUAAAAGGAAGCUCAUUUUAAUUAAAAUCUCCUUCGUGUGAUACAUGUUCGCCAAUUUUAGCAUAAGAUUUGAAAGUUUCUAAAAUAGAUUUUACUAAACAAAACUAACAUUAAGAAAAAACAUAAUAAUUAUGUCAAAAAUAUACCAAUAAUAUAAGUAAAUAAUUAACUGAUGAAGAAAUUAUGAAUGAUUACAAUAAAUAAUAAGAAAUAGUUUAAAAUAGGUCAAGCUUGAACUUCAAUAUUUUUACUUACAUGCUAUCUUUCGUAUCUAGAGUUUUUUAAAGCUUUAAAAAUAAAAAACAGGUGAUUGAUUAUGGAAUCAGAGAGAUUGAUAAUAUCUUAGACGUAGAAUAUAUAAUCAAAAAAUUAGUAGAAAUCGACAAAUUAAAAAGAAUCAUAUUUAAUGACGACUAGCUUACUUUGUUUAACUACAUUCCAAAGCCAUAAAUUCUUUACAAGUUUGAUGCAACAUAGAGAGUUAUUAUUGAAAAAAAUUCAUUUUUUAAUGAAGAUGAUAAAUUAAAUGAUUUCUAAAAAUUCAAAAAGGUAAAGUAAAGCUUUCAAAACAUUUUUGAUAAGGAAAAACAAACAAAGAUAGAAAAUAGAAUUAUGAAUUUACUUGAUGCAAAAUAAUAAAAAAUAUUAUGCAAUUAGUUAGAUAAAAUGUAGUUCAAAUCAUAAUAACAAUAAAACCAGCACAGAAUCUCAGAAAAAUAUAUUUAAAACUAGUGUUCUCAAUCUCGGAAUGAGUUAGCUUAUGAAAAAAAUUCCAAUUUAGAAGAAUAAACUUAAGAAAAUAAACUUAAAUCUAAAUAUUUAUAACUAUAAAUGAAACUAAAUAGAUAUUCAAAUAUAAAAUCAGUGAGGAAUCCUAAUAUUUAUUCUUAAAUUACAAACUAAGAUUAGUAAAUUUAUUUUUUACAUAAAGAAACAAUUAUUUAUCCUAAAAAAUAAGAUAUUAACUUUGAAAAAUCUAUGAAACAAAAACAAAAUACCUAUGAGGGUAUAAAUAUUACCCAAAUUACAGUUACCAAAACUAAAUUAUUCUAUUCUUCAGAUGAACUUCCCUCUUUACGCUUUCUUAAUCCCUUAAUUAAUUUAAUUUGGUUAAAUUAUUUAGAUGUAUUUUUAGAAGUUUUUGUCUAAGGAAGAAAAACAAAAUGUUUAUUUUUGUUAUAAAUAAUAAGCAUGGGUACAGUUCAAGGUGUAUUAAGAGCUAGACUUGACCAAUUACAAAUCAUAGUCAAUUUAAUUAAUGUUUGA